AUGGCCGAGCGGGCUCCGGUACCUCUGACUUUUGAGGAUAUUGCCAUUUACUUCUCUGAGCAAGAAUGGCAGGAUCUAGAGGCCUGGCAGAAGGAGCUUUACAAGUGUGUGAUGAGAACCAAUUAUGAGAUUCUGGUUUCUCUAGAUGGUGGACUUCCCAAACCGGAGCUGAUAUCCCGGAUUGAACAGGGGAGAGAGCUCUUUAGGAAUUUAGGAGAACCACAGAAGUCAGGAAACACAGUUUUCAACCCUGCUGAUUUGCAUUUCGAUCCAGUUAUUGAGGGGCAGCCAUUUUGGAGAAGCCAGCAAGCUGUGAAUUCAAGAGAAUCUGAAUACCAUUUUCAGGCCGAUCCUCUUGAGGGCCAGGAUUCCUCUGAAUACUUACUAAGAAUAAGUGGAGAUGUUUCCUUCAGGCCGGACCGAGGCAUCCCCUUCGUGAAGCCAGACACACAGGAUCCACGGGCUCUCCUCCCAGCAGCCCACCAUUCCUGGGAACCCACCCACAGAGAAAGAACCCCAAACCCCAGAACCCUGGGUCCCCCAGGCCUCCAGGAGGUACCCUCCCGGGAGGGCACCCCACAUCCCUGCCCUGUCUGUGGGGAAAGCUUUUGGGAGAAGAAUCAUGAGAAGCCCCAGGGGAACCACUCGAAGGACCAGGCGCGUGGGGCCUGGAAGAGAUUCAGUAAACAAGCCGACCUGCAGCAGCAGUGGAGCAUCCCUCGGGGACAGAGGCACUUCCGGUGUCAUGAAUGUGGGAGGAGCUUCUGCCUAAAGCGGAAUUUACUUAAACAUCUGGCCACACACACAGGGAAGAGCCCACUGCAGUGCCCUGAAAGUAAUGCAUGCUUCCAUCAUCACAAGUGGACCCUUUUCAGCCACCACCUUCUGCACCAGGGGGAGGACCCUUCCCAGUGCCCCAGAUGUGACACGAGCUUUCUCCCAAAGGCCGGCAUACAGGCUCACCAGGGCCAGCACAGCGGGGAGAGGCCAGUCGUCCGGAGAGAAGGCGGCAGGGCCUCCUGUGAGGCCGGGCUCAGCGGUGUGCACACGGGGCCAAGGCCAGGCCCAGACCCAGGCCCAGGCCCGCCUCCUGAGGAGCCCUGCCGCUUGACGGGGGGUAUGGAGCUGGUCCUCCAGCGCUGCCCUGCCAGAGAGAGGCCGUUCUAUUGCACGGCAUGUGACAAGUGCUUCUCUACCAGGGCCACGCUCACCAGCCACGGCAGGGUGCACCAGGGGGAAAAGCCCUUCCCGUGCCUGGAGUGUGGCAAGAGCUUCCGCCGGGGCGGCCUGCUGAAGGUCCACCAGCGUGUGCACAGAGGAGAGAGACCCUUCUCCUGCAGGAAGUGUGGCAAGGGGUUCAGCAAACGGUGCAAACUCGCCGAGCACGCCCGCGUGCACAGCGGGGAGAAGCCUUUCUGGUGUGCCGAGUGCGGCCGGCACUUCCGCCAGAGGGGACAGCUGCUGAGGCACCAGCGGCUGCACGCGGACGAGAAGCCCUUCCAGUGCCCCGAGUGUGAGCUGAGCUUCCGUCUGAAGAGCAUGUUGAGAGCCCACCGGCUCCGACACGGCGGGGAGAGGCCGUUCUCCUGCACCGAGUGCGGCCGCGGCUUCACCCACCAGUGCAAGCUCCGGGAGCACCUGCGCGUGCACAGCGGGGAGAGGCCCUUCCGGUGCCCCGAGUGCGGCAAGAGCUUCCGCCUGAAGGGCAUCCUGAAGGCCCACCAGCGCACCCACAGCACCGAGAGGCCGUUCUCCUGCGCCGAGUGCGGCAAGGGCUUCACCAGGCAGUCCAAGCUCACCGAGCACCUGCGCGUGCACAGCGGGGAGCGGCCCUUCCAGUGCCCCGACUGCGACCGCAGCUUCCGCCUCAAGGGGCAGCUGCUGAGCCACCGGCGCCUGCACACCGGGGAGAGGCCCUUCCAGUGCCCGCAGUGUGACAAGAGCUACCGUGUGAAGGCCGACAUGAAGGCCCACCAGCUGCUGCACAGCGGGCGGAUGCCGUUCUCCUGCGAGUGCGGCAAAGGCUUUGCCAAGCAGUCAAAACUCGUCGAGCACAUCAGGACGCACACGGGGGAGAAGCCUUUUCGGUGUCCGAAAUGCGACAAGAGUUUCCGCUUGAAGGCACAGCUGCUCAGCCACCAAGGCCUGCACACAGGGGAGAGACCUUUCCGCUGCCCCGAGUGUGACAAGACCUUCCGGGAAAAGGGACACAUGCUUAGGCACCAGCGCAUCCAUAGGCCAGAAAGGCCGUUUGCCUGUGGCGACUGUGGGAAGGGCUUCAUUUAUAAGUCCAAACUUGCCGAGCACAUCCGAGUGCACACAAAAUCCUGUCGUGCUCCAAGUGGGCCUGACAUUCAGAAACGGCUCAGCCAGCUGUUUGCAAUGAUCGAGGCCGACUGGAGCUGA